AAACAACACGGCAGAAAAAUAGAAAGAACAGAAGGUUGCGAUACCACAGAUAAUUCGUUAACUUCAGGGGAUAACCCUGAUCUUCUUGGUCUCCCUGUUCAAACGUCUAGUUCUCCAUCUGAGGAAAGACGUCCAAAAGGAAUCAAAAACUGGCUAAAAGAUCCACACGUGUAUAUGGUAAACCUUCACGUUUCCAACUAUCUUUGUUUGUUGAUUUAAUUGACUCUCUGUGAUAUUUUUUCUCGUGUUUUAAUUCUCAGGUAGCCAUUAUCUUUACAUGUACACGCCUUUCGCAGGACUCUGUACACGGCUAUUUACCGCUAUUCCUCACAGAGGGAUUAUCAUUUCCCAAGGUAUAUUUCAGUCUGAAGUGCUCAGUUGUUUUCAAACUCAUUGAUAAUUAUAAUAAUAUCAUCGUAUUUUUUUCCGUGAGUCAGGCAGCUACCGCUUAUUUUCCACUCGUCCUCCUAACCAGUGGCUCUAUAGCGAGUUCAGCCUGUAACAAACUGAAAAGGAAAAUUGGAAGUAAGGUAAGACCUAGAUUAACAGCUUUUUCUAGAUGGUCAUUCCACGUUUGUGAUGGUGGAAAUGCAUUGAUUGCGCCGGAUUAUCUACUUGAUGAUGAUGAUCGGCUGAGAGGGGAAAUAAAUCAACGAUCAUCUUAAUGGCUUUAUUCCACUUAAUUCGACGCAUGAACCAUCUUUUCUCAAGUUACGAUAGUCAGGAGUUCGAUUCUUUAAGGGAUUCUCGGAUCUUUUCUAUGUCUCUCGCUUGUUACAGAACCAAGAACAACCUUAUUUGUUAAAUUAGUCUUGAUAACUUUCAUACUUUCGUUGAUAUCCACAUCUGGUGGAGCUACCUUCUGGCAAGUUUAUUAGUGAUGGGUGGCGCUGUUUGGAGCUAUUUUCAAACCCUCUCCACCAGACAAUCAACUUAUGCACCAAUGGUUAUGAUAGGAAGUGGUCUGUCAAUUAUGUGCGUCAUGGCACUGGUCUUCAUCACUGAGCUGAUCGGGGAAAAUAAGGUUAGUGCUUUGAAACAAGUUUCAAAGGUUUCGAGGAGAGGCUAAGUCGCAAACUCUGAUCAGUUCAGUUACAGUGUAUUUUCAACCAGCUAUCGGACCAAUUGACUGAAAAAGUAGUCAUUUUUGAAAUUGAAAUGACAUAGAACUUCUUUUAAAUGUCGCAAUACAAAAUAAAUACUAAUCACAACUCUUAGCCAGAGCGGAGGAAAAUCUCACAAGCAGCUAAUGAGAAUUUAAAGUAAAUACAGUUAGACUGCCUGAAGUUUGGGGAAUUUCGAGUGACAUCUGAUCGGUUGAGAGAUUGUUGCGAGUUUUCAAGGCCAAUCACAGAGGGUAAUGAAAAAGAACCGUUCCAGUCGCGGACUGGUUUAACAAUCAAGACCUUCAGUUUGAUUGGCGAUCAUUUCAGUACCUUUUUCUCUCUUGACGUAAAUGUUUGGUUCAGCAGUGACAAUGUGAGGAGAAAUUAAAGACCUGUUGGUCUUAGGAGUAGAACUAAUGUUGGUUUCCCAUCUGAGAUCAAUGAGUUAAUACGGUGAUUUCCUUUCAGGAAUCCAGUGGAUCAGUGUUUUCCAUUAUCACUGUAAUUGCCAGAAUCUCAAGUGGUGCACUUAUCAUUGGUAUACAGGAAUUUUAUCCGAAAGAAAGGUUAGUCUAUCAAAUCUUUAUUGUAAUUUACCCUAGAAGGAACAAGAAACAUGGUAUUUAAAACGUUUAGAUGACCAGCCGAUUUCUUAAAACUCGAAAAGUGUAUUCAACAGGUUUGUCUUUACCAGCUUGACCAGGCCAUCGUUGACCAUUUUAAAUUGUAAUGAAAGUUUUAAAAUUAUAAAUUAUUUAGUAAACUCCUCAAUUCCUUUAUUCAAUUUAGAACCAGCUCAAAUGAGGCGGUUAGCAGCUACGUACGGCAUGUGUUUGUAAUGGCGCCUGGAGUAUUAACUCUGGUGGCAUUCUUGCUGGUUUUGUUUUUCCAACCAUCUAACUUUAUCUGCAAAAGUAAAGGUAAGUACAUUGUCAAGCUGUUAGACGUCUCUAACUUGGGUAACGUAAGGAGAAUAACUGCAAAUACUCUUAAUUACCCCCUGACGCAAUCGUGUCAAGCGUUCCUCUGUUUAAAUUAGAAAUCUGAUUAAAUGACACAAGCCUGUGUAAUGCAUUUACCUUGCGAUGGUUGUGUGUCUAUGUAGUACUGUCGUGCUCAGUUAAUAAGACGGUUUUAAACUUAGAGCUUCAGGUUUGCUAGUCAACAUUACACGUGGUUGUCUUUGUUGUGAACGAAAACUUCCUCUGUCAAUUUAUUCUUCUAGUUUCAGAAGAUGUUGAGGCUCUACACGGUCAAUCGUCUUUUGAUGUUCAAGUUAACCAAUGUCCAUCGGGAGUCAAAGCAACGUCAAGCCACAGCUUGGAUGAUAGUCACAAUACCUCCAUCGUGGUGGUGGAUUCUUGUUCUGAGGACUCAAAACUUUGAGUUCUUUGAAAAUUGCAUUAUGCGUAGAGGUUCUAUCAAGUUAAAAUCAAAGAGAUUGUAAAGUUCAUUUCUGCCUGUUAUUGUUUAGAUUUUACAUGAAAAGUUUUGCGAUCGUAGAAUUCCGUAAAUAAAAGGAGACAUGUCGUAAUAACUUCUCGCACCAUGAUGGACGAGAGUGUACUUUUCCUAAAUUUUAGAUAAAUAGUGAUCUUCUAUAUUUAAUAAUUAUAACAAUAUCAUUGUAUCUUAAUUGAAAAUGAGUCUAUCAAUUUUCAAAUUUUUUUCAGAUUUUCUUGUUUUCUAUUGAUAGCUCAAAGUUUUCUUCGAACCUCGCGCUUGGAAAACUGUUCACAUCUCGGAACAAAUAAUGUGAAAUAAUGUGUUUACGUAGACGCGUAAAUUCCACUCAAGGAGGUGAACACAGUCUUAGAUCACCAGAGAAAAUAAAAUGAAUGAAACUUUAUUGUAUCCUUAUUAGUAAGUUACUUUGUGACAAGCGUAUUUCCACAUCUUCUCAUCGCUCCUUGUUUUUAUUUUCAGAGUUAUUUUCCAACCACAAAUGACAACCACGGUAACCCAGGCUCGCACAAUGAACCUCCAUAAUGAUGUACAUAUUUUUUUGUUUCGUUACACUCGCGCCAUCAUCACGUAGUUUUGAAAAUUAAAGAAAACUUAUAUCGCUUCUGUGUUUCUUCCUUUGAAACUUGUGAGUUUUCUAGGCUAAAAUAUGGCCGUUUAAGUCUUUUAAAAUUCCCCUAAAACUCAUUGUGCAAGCUUUGGCCAAAUGUACUAAGAAUCGAAAUACUACCCCGACUGAGGAUUCAGAGCUAAACACUUCAGGUAACUUUACGCCUGAUUCUACAGCCUUGAAUUCAUCUAAAACCAAUUACUACAUAUGCGAAAUCACCUACACCUAAACUUUGAAACAAACCGCAGGGUGCUCAGAGUUGUUGCCUGCUCCACAUUUUUAGCGAAAGCUGUGAUAAAGGCCAGAUGAUUUAUCUCCACCAUGUUGAACGACAGGCCCCUCAAUGCUUCUAAGAAGCUGUAAUAAAAAACUGGAAGCCAGGUCUGCUCUCUGCCUUCACAAAGAAGGCAACGAUUCAUCAAAAGAGGAAAGUUGAUUGCCAUCAAGCAUGUUGCGAUAAGAUGCCAAGAUUUACUUCCGAAUUUCCUUGAAAUGAAAGGAAUAUCGACUCGAUCACCAAAAUAACCAAUGAGCACUGAGAAAACUGCUUCCGAUAUUGGACCAGUAAAUGUUAUUAUUGACACUUGCGAAGCUCGAAGCUCUUUUACAUUUACAAAAAACAGGAAUUGGAAGGAUGUCAACAGCAUUCGGCAAUAUCGUUCAAUAUGUUUCCCGCAGCACAAGAUAACCUUUCCCUUCUCCGCAUUUUGGUCAAAAGUUAUCAAAUAAGUUUCUCUUCGCGCGAUUGUUACACCACAAUUACUCGUAUAUCCACUCUGCCAAAUAAAUAUGUUUGAACCCUCAGAAUAAAAAAUUAGAUCCAUAGCGUUUAGACUUUUUCAAACUCAGAUAUUGUCUUAUCAUGUUGAAAACCGAGGACGUCAAAAUGAAGUAUCGCAAUGAUUGUCUUUUUUUUCAGUGUUAUAAGGAACUCACUACCCUUAAUUGUAACUUAAUCGUAAGAAAGGUCUCUCCAGCUGCCAUCCAGCCUUCUUCAUAAACAGUCGUCCUUUUAAACAUCCCUGAAUAUAAUUUUCCUGUUUAUCAUCAAAACAUGCGGAGGUAGAAUAAGUUACAUGGGCUGGAUCGUGAUAUCACGAUAAGCAGACAAUUUAGGUAAAAUGCUCGAUGUCAGGAUUGUUGGAUAGUGACUUUAUUUACUGAAAACGUGUUGUCACGCAAUUUCACGCGUAAAGUAGCUAAUUGAGCAUGACCCUCGUGGUGAGCACCAGCUGAAUAAUAACCAACACCAAUACUAAAAACCUGUCUUCGUUCUAAGUCUGAUGUUUCUUUUACGAUACUGACCAAAGAAACUUUUUACCCUAAUGCAAGAAAUUGAAUUUAAAAACACUUAAGCCUAAAAUAAGGAACAAGCUGGGUAUGAUCAGAGGGUGCUAACUGUAAUAUAUUUUUUCUACAUAUCAGUCUGCAAUAGACUUUGUAUUUCUACAGCUAACCUUUAUUUUUCAUUCGUCAGUUUAUAUUUGAUCUUAUUCUUGUUACAAUAUUUUUAGUAGGGAAUAUGCUGGUCUAGAUAUUGACUCUGAACAACCUUACUUCAGAGCCUAAACAAGGAACCUCCCCCUCUCUUCCCUUCCUUUCACCCUCCCUGCCCCCUGGCCUCCCUCCCCUCCCAGCCCUCCCAGCCCUCCCAGCCCUCUCUGCCCUCCUCUCCUUCGCCUCAUUUUCUCAUGCUUGAAAAUUAGUUUCAGGCGAAAUUAAGACUGCGAACAUGACCAUACUAGUUCUUAAAAACCAAAAAUGUCAUAAUACACGUAGCUAUAAUCUAUGAAAAGUUUUUGCCUCUCCGCGAUUGAUCUAAACGGUUCACAUUAUUUGUUCCGAGAUGUGAACAGUUUUCCGAGCGCGAGGUUCAAAGAAAACUUUGAGCUAUCAGUAGAAAACAAGAAGAUCUGAAAAAAAUUUUAAAAUUGAUAGAAUCAUUUUCAAUUAAGAUGCAAUGAUAUUGUUAUAAUUAUUAAAUAUAGAAGAUCACUAUUUAUCUAAAAUUUAGGAAAAGUACACUCUCGUCCAUCUUGGUGCGAGAAGUUAUUACGACUUGUCUCCUUUUAUUUUACGGAAUUCUACGAUCGCAAAACUUUUCAUGUAAAAUCUAAGCAAUAACAGACAGAAAUGAACUUUACAAUCUCUUUGAUUUUAACUUGAUAGAACCUCUACUCAUAAUGCAAUUUUCAAAGAAUUCAAAGUUUUGAGUCCUCAGAACAAGAAUCCACCACCACGAUGGAGGUAUUGUGACUAUCAUCCAAGCUGUGGCUUGACGUUGCUUUGACUCCCGAUGGACAUUGGUUAACUUGAACAUCAAACGACGAUUGACCGUGUAGAGCCUCAACAUCUUCUGAAACUAGAAGAAUAAAUUGACAGAGGAAGUUUUCGUUCACAACAAAGACAACCACAUGUAAUGUUGACCAGCAAACUUGAAGCUCUAAGUUUAAAACCGUCUUAUUAACUGAGCACGACAGUACUACAUAGACGCACAACCAUUGCGAGGUAAAUGCAUUACACAGGCUUGUGUCAUUUAAUAAGAUUACUAAUUUAAACAGAGGAACGCUUGACACGAUUGCGUCAGGGGGUAAUUAAGAGUAUUUGCAGUUAUUCUCCAUGCGUUACCCAAGUUAGAGACGUCUAACAGCUUGACAAUGUACUUACCUUUACUUUUACAGAUAAAGUUAGAUGGUUGGAAAAACAAAACCAGCAAGAAUGCCACCAGAGUUAAUAAUCCAGGCGCCAUUAGAAACACAUGCCGUACGUAGUUGCUAACUGCCUCAUUUGAGCUGGUUCUAAAUUGAAUAAAGGAAUUGAGGAGUUUACUAAAUAAUUCAUGAUUUUAAAACUUUCAUUACAAUUUAAAAUGGUCAACGAUGGCCUGGUCAAGCUGGUAAAGACAAACCUGUUGAAUACACUUUUCGAGAUUUAAGAAAGCGGCUGGUCAUCUAAACGUUUUAAAUACCAUGUUUCUUGUUCCUUCCAAGGUACAUUACAAUAAAGAUUUGAUAGACUAACCUUUCUUCUGGAUAAAACUCCUGUAUACCAAUGAUAAGUACACCGCUUGAGAUUCUGGCGAUUACAGUGAUAAUGGAAAACACUGAUCCACUGGUUUCCUGAAAGGAAAGCACCGUAUUAAAUCAUUGAUCUCAGAUGGGAAACCAACAUUAGUUCUAAUAUUUACGUCACGUAACUCAUAUUUACGUUACGUAAGUCUUUACUCCUAAGACCAACAGGUCUUUAAUUUCUCCUCACAUUGUCACUGCUGAACCAAACAUUUACGUCAAGAGAGGAAAA